CAACCAACGCCUUACCGGUACCUAUACCUUGGACAGGGAUGUAUCGGGAAAGGAAGAAAUAAAAUAGCAAUAAUUCAAGGAACACUUUAUUAACUUCACUUUAUUAUCGGAGGGAGACAUUCACAACGGAUAUUUUAUUGAAAAUAAAGUGAUAUCGACUUACCUCAACAUCGUGGAAGCGGUCAGUGUAUUUCUGGAUGAUUAUAGCAUGUGAUGGUUACCAACACAGUUGAUGAUUACAUAAGCAAAUUGAUGGUUCCGAUAUCAGAAUACACUGCCGCUGAAGACACCACUCCAGGAUCCACGAGCUGCUGCAACCACUUUGUCACUACAUUUUUAUCGACGAGCACAUGUUACUUUCAUGGCGGCGGUACGAACACUGAGCACGAGGCGUAUGGCGAUCUCGAGGCGACGACGUCUUCACUGCGCGGAGGCUACCGAGAACUGAGCGCGCGCCGCACAAGCCGCGCACUUUAUACUAGGCACAUUUUAUAUUAGCCUACUUGACGCCGUGCGCAUGCGCAUAUCCCGGCUCACCGAGUUGGUUAGGUUUAAGAUUUUACUUGUUAGUGUAGUUCAUUUUGUAAAUAAUUUUUGUGUAUAUAUUAGGCUAGUAUUUUCAAUAAAUCAAUGAUCAUCUGACAAUCGUUGGUUUCAAUCAGAACACGCUAAGAAUCCACCACAGUGGUUACCCCGACGAAGCGAAAACCAAAAAGAAGCCGAGAAAAUGACAGAAAACCAAGCUACUGAGGAAAAACUUGCGGACCUAGCGGCAAUCUCGGUGCAAUCACGUCUCCUUCCGUUUUGGCGAGCCGUACCCAGGGCAUGGUUCGUGCAGUUUGAAGCAGUCGUCGACCCACUCAAAACAUCAGACGAUCAAAAAUACAGAUACGUUCUGCAAAAGCUCGAGCCGAUAGAUCUACAGCACGUGACGGACAUAUUAUACGACCCGCCGGAAACUGGAAAAUAUGAAGCAAUCAAGUCCAGGCUGCUCACGGUGUAUGAAAAGUCAGAGGUCCAGAACUUCCAGAAACUAAUCAGCGGCCUAGAACUCGGUGACCAGAAGCCCAGCGUAUUGCUACGGAAGAUGCGAGAACUCGACAAUGGCCUGAUUACAGAGGAAGGUUUAAAAAUUGAAUGGCUCAACCAUCUGUCACCCCAGAGUCGCUGUGUCCUCUCCGUCAAUAAGGAAUCUUCACUGGACACACUGGCAGCAAUGGCGGAUCAGAUGAUGGAGUACACUGGAAGCACCUCCACCGGCACCGUUGCAGUAGUGUCGACCCCAGCGGCACCACCAACUAGCAGCCGUGAGCCUACAAAUUCAGAAAUCUUGGCGAAACUCGAAAAGCUCACGUUAGAAAUCGCCGAACUACGAGAACGUGGCCGCCCUACGCAUCGUAUGUCUCGACGCUUCCGCAACCUACGCUACCGCUCUCGUUCUCGACCAGCAUCCUCAUCAAGACGUCCAAGGGAAGCCGGUGACAACACACGGGAAUGUUGGUACCACUACAAGUUCGGCGAAAAAGCAAAACGCUGCGAAUCACCCUGCGCUCGAAAGAACAAAUCGUCGGAAAACUAG